CGCGGGGGGUGGGGGGCGGGUGGGGGAGCGAGCAGUGAAAAACAAAGAUGGCGGCCUCGCCGGGUUUGGUGUCUGCAUCUGGGUCUACGUCAGCGAUUGAGGCGGCGGCGACGGCGGCGGCAGUUUCGAGGAGACGCGCAGGCGGCCGGGCCUGCUGAGGCGGCGGCGGCGGCGGCGCAGCGGCGGCAGCGGCAGCGGCAGGAGCGCGCGGUGCCCCUAACCCCCUCCCCCUCGGGCGGCGGCGGCGGCGGCAGCAGCAGCGACGGGAGCGCGCCCGGCGGCCGCGGCGGGAUGUCCGGGACUGAGGAGGCUGGGGGCCCGGCGGCGGCAGCGGGGAUCGCAGGUUCCGGAGCCGGGCCCCCGGGCGCUUCCGCCAUGGGCCGUGUCGUGUCCGUACUGGGGGAGGCGGCUGGGCCCGGGCUCCCAGACGAGGCGGGCCUGCCCGCGGGCCGCCCGCUGCCACUACCCGAGGCCGGCGGCGACCCAGAUGCGCCGCCCAAGAAGCGGCUGCGGGCGGCCGAGGCGGAGGCGGCGGCGGCAGCGGCGGCCUCGGCAGCUACGGGUUCGGCGACCGCGGGGAGCGGGAAGCUGGAGGAGCGCCUCUACUCCGUGCUCUGCUGUACCGUCUGCCUGGAUCUGCCUAAGGCCUCAGUCUACCAGUGUACUAAUGGUCACUUGAUGUGCGCUGGCUGUUUUAUCCACCUACUAGCAGAUGCCCGGCUGAAGGAGGAACAGGCCACAUGCCCCAAUUGUCGUUGUGAGAUCAGUAAGAGCCUCUGCUGCCGAAACCUGGCUGUGGAAAAAGCAGUGAGUGAGCUGCCGUCAGAGUGCGGCUUCUGCAUGCGCCAGUUCCCCCGCUCCCUCCUGGAGAGGCAUCAGAAAGAGGAGUGCCAGGACAGGGUCACGCAAUGCAAAUACAAACGCAUCGGUUGCCCGUGGCAGGGCCCCUUCCACGAGCUGACUGUGCAUGAAGCAGAGUGCACACAUCCCACCAAGACUGGCAAUGAACUAAUGGAGAUUCUGGAUGAGAUGGACCAAACCCACAAGAAAGAGAUGCAGCUAUACAACAGCAUCUUCAGCCUGCUCAGCUUUGAGAAGAUCGGCUACACAGAAGUUCAGUUCCGCCCGUACCGUACCGAUGACUUCAUCACACGCCUCUACUACGAGACACCGAGGUUCACCGUGCUGAGCCAAACGUGGGUCCUGAAGGCGCGGGUGAACGACUCGGAGAGGAACCCCAACCUGUCCUGUAAGCGCACCCUCUCCUUUCAGCUCAUCCUGAAGAGCAAGAUCAGCUCCCCCAUGGAGUGCUCCUUCCUCCUGCUCAAGGGGCCCUAUGACGACGUGAAAAUCAACCCUGUGAUCUAUCACUUUGUCUUUACCAAUGAGAACAACGAGACCGACUACGUGCCACUCCCCAUCAUAGACUCUGUGGAGUGUAACAAACUGCUGGCCGCCAAGAACAUCAACCUACGGCUCUUUAUAUUCCAGAUACAGAAAUAGGCAGGGCUGGGGUAAUGCUGGCAAGCUCAAGGAGAAAGAAAGCACCACUGAACCGUACUUACCUCGUCUGGGCAGCCUGCACCAGUUGUGAUUUCACAGUAUAAUCGGAUCAUUUUAGAAAAAAGGAGGGAGGAAACAAAAACAAAACAAAAAACCAACCCAGACCAAUUGGAACAACGUCUGCAUGCGUAUGCAACAGUGUAAGCAGCCACAGCCUGCCUUCUCUCUUCCCCUCUCCUAGAUACCCUGGGCCAGGGCCUUCCCCAACCAAUGGCCUGCCCAGCUGCCCCCGCAGGCCAGGUCAGUGGGGAGCUAGACAGCAGUGGAGACCUCUGUGGUGCCGCCCUCGUCUGCCAGGGAACGUGGGAAACAGCAGUUGUCCCCUGUUACUCUGUUACGUUGUGGCAGAGCGGUGUUGGCUUGUUCAUGGUUAAGUGCACAAUUUCCAGAUGCAUGGGGGCUCAGGGGACCCUGGCUGACUUUAGACAGCAUAUUUGAUUGAAAUUAAAAAGGCAACAUUGUUUCCUAUUUUUUUCUUUUGUUUGGGUGGAGAAGUCUAGCUCUGGUUUAACAUUUGAGAAUACUAUUUUCUUUGAUUUUAUGCAGUCACAUGGGGAAUUGGAAAAGGAAGAAAGCUGUCCGAUUUCCUUCCCCUUUUUUAUCUACUUAUCCACAGGAAAGACCAAUGGGAAUGUUAUGGUAUCGUUGAGAAACCUAUCUAGGUUGAAGCCCAAGUUUCUGGGGAUGGGGGCAGGAUGAUGGGGAAUGAGGGAAUGAGGGAAGUCCUUAUGUAAGGAAUACACCAUCCCAUGCCAUCCACCUCUCAGGUAUCUGGGAAGUAGACAGAGAUGGAAGGGCUGCUUUAAGCUGUCUGAUGUGUGAAGCUGGGCCCUCUUCAUCUUCUCCCCUUUUCCUCCCCUCCCUCUCCCCCAAGGUGUCCUGAGGCCUUUGGGAGAAACCAGCUUAAGGGUAAAGGGAGCUAACUUCAGACUGAGGGUUGAUGGAAUAUGAUGUGACUUCUAGACCUAGAUCCCUGGGGCGAGUUUUUGUUCAUUCCUAGCACAGAAUUCUCAUGCUUUUAACUGGGUUCCCAGGGCAUUAUCUUCAGGUUAAUAUUUAUGGCACAUGGGAAUAAGCUGUUUGCUUCUCUCUUUCUCUCCCCUCCCAGCCCCACUCCAGCUCCUUCAGGGUCCCCAGAAACCUGCACUCAAAAUAAUGGAAUUCUCAUUCGUUUUUGUAUUAUGUUCAAUCAUGAAAAAAAAAGGAAUACCAUGGGCCACAACAAAUUUUCAUGUUCUUUACCCUGCCUCCCACUCCUAUCCCUACCCACUUGCCAAAUAUAGCCCAGGCUGCAAUUCUCACUGAGACAGGAUGAUGCCUUUGGGGCUCAACAGACAUUUUCGGAAUGCAGGGUGAAAUUCUGUCUCUUCCCAGAAAAAAAAAGAAAUUAACCUCUUUACUGGCUCUUCUAGCAAUUAUGCAAUUUUCCAGUGUGAGAAAGAAUAUAUUUUAUAUAUUAAGUCUCUGGCAUGUUUGUGGACAGGCCCAGCAUAGCCGUUCACCAAACUGUGAAGAGUUCUACAGGGAUAUUUGCUCAACACUGUUUAGCAAAGUGAAGCAUGUGACUUAGUUGUGGAGGGAAACUGUACUAUGGAAUUAUGGCUAGUAGAUGGUGUCUAAGGUCAGCUUAUCCCCAUCACAUUGGCCACAUUGGGACAUAGUUUUGUGCUGUGUCUGUGGAAUAACUGGAUCAAUCCAAUUGUACAUCAUGUAAAACCCACUAUGAGACUCGGAUAUUUGUGGCUUCUAGUAAGCUCCAAGGAAAGCCCUCUCUCCUUUGGGUUUUACCUAGAUUUCAGUUGUCUCUCCCCCAGUCUGGCAUGGUUACAUUUUCUCCUGUUGUGACCAGUGGCAAACUGGUGAAGCUUGUGUGUCAGUGACCCUCAGGAGGUAAAGGCAACAUAGUCUUUUAGAGUAAGCCCUAGGGUGAUUUGUAAGUGGUUUCCAAAAAUUGUCUUGUUGACCCAUGGGUGAGUUUUAGGUUUUGCUAGCGAUGGGUAUGAAGGUGUAGGUGUGUGCAUGUUUGCGUGCGUGCGUGUAUAUGAGAGAGAGAGAGAGAAUGAAUAUAUAUGGGGGCGGUGUAAGGAGAGAGGUACAAUGUUUAUCUGACAAAGCUCUGUGUGUGUGUGUGUGUGUGUGUGUGUGUGCAUGCACACGCGCGUGUGCAUGAGCUCACGUGUGGUCUUCGGUAAAGUGGCAUGGUCGAAAGGGCAAGUAUGGGGAUAGCCUCUCUGCUUUCUGCUCUCCCAAUCCCACUCCCUGCUCUCAGCACCCCCUGAAAGCUGUCUGGAGACUGCAUACCAACAACAGUUUCUCCUUCCCCCAGCCCCCUCCCCUCCUCUAGAAGAGUGUUACCCAUGAUAGCUUUUUUGUUGAUCACAUACCAAAGAACCACAUCUCCUUCAGUACUCCUUUUCUUUCCUCUCUUCUCAAAACCUGCUUGAGACUAGGCCCACUCUUUCAGCAUCAUGUACUUUGCAGAACUAAGCCAGAUUCCACCCCACUUAUCCAUUUGAUAAGGAGGAGUGGCCAAGGGGGUAGCGAAUUAACCAGAGCAUGGGUCCUUUGCAGAGAUGUGGCAACUGUCUUUGUAGAUUGGGGUCUUACGAUCAACUUCCUGUGCUAUGCUUGCUUUUGUUCUCAGUCCUUUCAAGGACUAGAUAGGAAGCUAGACACGUGGAACCUCUCAGGACCUCGCCAGCUUAUGGGGUGCUAUUUGAGAACUGCUGACCUCAAGAAUCAUUUAUUCUGUUCAGAGGCUCUGGAGGAAGAGCAGCAGGUCUUUCUUAGAUUUGAAGAUGAUGAAGUUAGGAGGCUGGAUGCCAAGAGCCUAGACCUCAGAGAAUGAUGGUCAGGCUAACCACACACCAGAAUCCUUGCUCCUGCUCCUUCAAAUAUAGAUCUACUUUCCUGACCCCUUCUUGGCAGUAGGAUCUUGGUGUGAAACACUCUGUAUACUGUCAGGCUCAGUUAUUUUUCUAGCUAAGAUAGGACCUUCGUUCCUGCAAUGUACCUAGGUCAUCUGUGAUGAAAUUGAUCAGUGUUUGCUGCCAACUGAGUCAGGGCUUUUCUAGGGCCCUGACUGGGUGGAGUUCCAUGUGGGAUCGAGGAAAUUCCUUCACCCUGAGCACCCAAGGAUCAUCUGAGCUGCCCCUUCCCCCUUCUCUCCCCACCUUUGCUUUUAGGAAAGAAAUCUAAUCUCUCACAUCUGCAUCCUCAGGUUCCCAUGGGACUUCUGGUAAUGAAUAUUAAGGUUUCAUUGAGUUCCAAGCAUCUCCAGGAGGAAGCAUAGGUGAAAGGAGCUUCCAUCAGGUGUGAAGGAAUGUGAUUGACAUCUAGGUGACAGGCUUUCUGCUGUGUAAAUACGACAACAUUCAGAGAAGGUGAAAUAGAUAGAGCUUAUCCUAUGAGGCUGAGGAAGGGCAGAGAGAAGACCAUUUUUCUGGGGCUGUGCUCCCUAUCUCCCCUCUCACCCUGAGGAAAUAUCAAAGGGAAUGAGGCCUGAGAUGUUGCAGGGGAAGAGAUUUGCAAGUGAAUUUUUAAAAACACUUCCUUGAACAAGGCCAGGGUGCAUGCACUGGGUACAUGAAAGCCCAGGCUUUUAGUUUUUAAAGUAAAAAAAUUCUGUUUAGGUAAGUUUCUGGUUUUGCCCAUAACACCCCUCACCCUCUUCCCCGACCCCAUAUACCUCCCUUUCUUCCUUCUGCAAAGAAGGAAUUCCCCAAACCUUUAGCAUUGUCCUACUAUACCAUCAGAUACUCAGGUAAAAUCCAGUGUUAACCCAGCUGCUAAUUCGAAUGGGCUAAUUUCAGGUGGCAUAAAGGUGGGUAUAUGGGUAUGUUUGGAUAUGCGAUGUUGUGUGUGUGUGUUUGUAUGUGCUGUUAAUGAUGGGGAGGCCAUUCUCACAAGCUAACAUCCCAAGAAGUGCUUUCUAUUAACAAUUGGCCACCUGCUUUACCAUAAAAGGGGGUGGGGAGGGAGGCAGAAUCUUUGGAGUUUCCAGGUGGGGAGCAGCCAUCCUUUGAUGAGGAACAGCCAUACGGUCCUUUCGCUAUUCUUGAGUGUUGUCUCUACCCUUCCCUCCACCCUGACCUCUUCAAGUAUGACUGGCUCAGCUCCUGUGUUGUAUAGGCGGACAUCGCUGGUUGAGUUAGUGAAUUCUUGUUGACUUUUCAGGCAUAACUCUUGUCAGACUUUGUGCCAAGUCAUCUUUUUGGUUAAAUCUUGUGAGGGGCAAAAGGAGAGUAGUGGGUGGGUAGAGAACUAAUCAUGGAUGGGACUAGGAAUUGGAGGGGUAGGGAAAUGUGUAGCCUCACUGCAGUCUGCACUGGCCUCUCUCAUGAUGGCACUCUUUCUCUAGUUUCUUGAAUGACCGUUAUAUGUAUUUCAAAACACCUGAUGGAAAAAAGAUCUGUCCUCUUUGUGUUUCAGCAGAUUUUCUUGAGAGCUGUUAUGCCUUCUGGGUUUUUUUGAGGAUUAAGAAGCUCUAUCUAGGAAAAAAUGGGAACACAUGACAGAUCUUCUUGUGAUAACUAGACAAGUCUUCAGUGCUGUUGUUGUUACUGUUAACUUAUGUGUGCAUGGGGAGUGGCAGGUGGGAGAAUGGUGAUGAAACCAACUGUGAUCCCAACAUUUUCAUUGUCAGCACUAAGAGCUGAUAAAAUUACAGUAUGAGUCAAGGGAGGAUGGUCAUAGUGGUUAAGUGGGUGGCUUCUGUGUAGGGAGAGUGAAGUUGAUAAUCCAGAGGAAAUCUAGCUAGUUCCCUUCUUCACCCGGUCCCUUCAUUGAACUAAGAAAGUUGUACUAGGACUCUGUUCCAAUGAGUCUUAUCACCUUGAACCUAGGUGAUAAAUGGUGCCCUCAUCCCUGACCUUCCACAUUGUAGGUAUUUCUUACUAUGUGCCUUGACAGUCCACCAGAAUUCUAGCAAGUGGGCAAGGGAGAUGGCCAGUUAGACUGGACAGGGUGGCAUCCCCAGUAGCAUGAUGAAGGCAUCACUAUCUCCUCCCAUCCUUAACAGGGUGGGCUGUCUUUGUGGUGUCUGAUAAUAUCCUCUCAUGGGAACAGCUCGAAGUCUGUGUCUUUGUGUGUAUCUGUGUGUGUCUACGUGUUUUAGCUUCCAGAAGGACCUGCUGUGUGUGAUAAAGAGAGGGGGACCAGUGUUCCCUGUUCUUUGCCACUCCCCCUCCCCAUCCUUACCCUAGUUCAUGAGCAGCACAACUUUCCUUUCCACAGAGAACCCUGAGUAUGUUGCCUAGAACCUCCUGUUGAGGGUGAGGGCAGAAUCCUAGAUUUGGUUGAGCUGGAGGAGCAGAGGGGAUCUGGACUGAGGUUGGGAGUGAGCCCAGGGUGAGAAAGUCUGGAAGAUGUUACCUCAGUAGGAAAGAAGGCGAUUUCCAGGAGACUUGUCUGGUUGGUUUUGUUUUUUAAAUGCUUUGCCAAACUGGCACUGAUGACAGGAAGUACUUUUCUAGUCUCUAGACAGCCAAGGCCCCUUCUAUUGGAAGGUAUGUGUGUGAGUGUGUGUGCACACCUGUCCGUCAGUAAUGGUCCAAAAGAGAAUUGUAAAUAAAUCAUGAUGUUUUUACAUAGCCUUUCUCCCAUAGUCACCAAACAGUCCCUGCUCCCUCCCUUUUCCUCUUGCACUCCCCAGUAUUCUCCUCUGGUUUCCCUAGGCCCCCAUGGCCCUUAUAAUGUUCAUACACAGCAGCUGAGCCUUACCGCCUGGUUCUGAACUGGGCAUCUUGAAAGAUUGUAGCAAGUGUCUCGUGCCCCAUUGGGAGACGGGCAGAUCACAAACCUCCUUGCAGUAUUCACUGUGGGUAAUUUAUUUAACUAGUGAAUGUAGAUUAAAGUAAUUAAAACGAAGAGAAACUAAUGCUUUGUCUGCGGGAUCAUGUGUCCUCCUUGUAUCCUUAACCUGAUUUUUAAUUUGUCGUCUUGUUCUUUUGAGGCUCUCUUCUGAGGGCCUAGUAGAGAGCCAUUGGUAUGGGGGAGGGGAUCAGGGAUAGUUUUGGCAAAGUGGAUACAGGGAGAAGAGCUGACCGAGGAAACUCUGGAAAUCUUAAGUCCAGAUGGAAGGGUGGGGGGUAUCUUUAGGAGACAUGUACUGAGUACUGGACACAGUGACUCCAGAGGUGGGGGAGGAGGCUUGGGGCUGGGGUUUUAUUAGGGGCUCAGCCAUCCAUCUCUUCCCCUUCCCUUCCCUUCCCUUCCUCUCCCUCCUUUCUUCCCCCCUUCUCCCAUCUUCCCCUUCCACAAGCACUACAUCCUUUGAUUCACUUAAAAUGAGAAAUUUACAAAAAUAAUAAUUUUUAAACAAAGCAAGAGAAAAGUGUUUUUAACGCUGUUGGGAAUGAUUCAUUAUGUUACUUUUGUGGUCUGCGUUCUGUUUGGAUAUUUUCUGUAUGUAACUGUAGUUUAAAAAAAAUUGCCAAACUA